AUGGCAAUGUUUUCAAAAACCCCAAAAGCACCUGAAAGGUCGGACUUGGAUGGCAAAGGGUCCGAAAACUCUCAUGUUGAAGAUGUCGAUUCCAUUAAAGCGGUCGACGAGAAAGCCCAAGGCGAUUAUUCCGGUGCUACAACCAAAGUUGACCCCGUUGAAAUCAAACUCGUCCGCAAGUUGGAUAUGAGGAUUAUGCCUAUUCUGUGGGCGAUGUACUUCUUGAACUAUAUCGACCGCAAUGCAAUUGCGAAUGCACGUCUCAACGGACUUGAGGAGGACCUUGGCCUUGUGGGAACCCAGUACAACACUUGCAUUUCGAUCUUAUUUGUGGGAUAUCUCUUGAUGCAGAUUCCAUCCAACAUGCUCAUGUCCUCGAAGAAAUUCCGACCAUCCCUAUACAUGAGCGUUUGCAUGGGACUGUGGGCCAUUGUUUCAGCGUGCACAGCUCUCACCAAAAACUACAUCGGUCUUCUCAUGGUUCGAUUCUUUCUAGGAGUGACCGAGGCCCCAUUCUAUCCCGGUGCAUUGUUCCUUCUGUCGGUCUUCUACACGCGCAAGGAAAUUGCGCUCCGCAUCUCUAUCCUAUACACUGGAAACAUUGUGGCCACUGCUGUCGCUGGUCUUAUUGCAGCUGCGACCUUUGAAACCCUGGAUCACCACAUGAACUUGAAAGGUUGGCAGUGGCUUUUCAUCAUCGAAGGCGCUGUGACAUUUGGCGUUGCAGGUCUCGGCAUCUUCAUGCUACCUGACCACCCACUGACUACAAGAUGGCUCACCCCCGAGGAGCGACAGCUUGCCCACGAUCGGAUACAGCGAGAUACUGUCAACAGCGAGGAGUCCAAGGGUGCACUUGCAGGCUUGAAGCAAGCCAUGGCUGACCCACGCGUAUAUCUUUUAGCUUUCAUGCAGAAUAUGCAUUUGAGUGCCUGUGGAUUCAACAACUUCUUUCCAACUGUUGUUGGAAGUCUUGGAUUCAGCAGUACCAUAACCUUGGUUUUGACAUGCCCUCCUUAUGUCUUUUCAGGAAUCUGUUGUAUCGUUGUUGGCAUUACCUCUGGGCGGUACAAUGAACGCACAUGGCACAUCACCCUGGCGAUGGGGGUUGCUGUCAUAGGAUUCAUUAUUUCCUGUGUGACGCUCAACAAGGGCGCAAGAUACGUGGCCUGCUUCAUGUUUGCCAGUGGUGCAUAUGCAGUUAACUCGGUCAUUCUGGGUUGGGUCUCCGCAACACUUGGCCAAACACCGGAGAAAAAAGCCGCUUCUAUCGGUUUCAUCAACGUUGUGGCAAACGCAUCUUAUAUCUAUACGGCCUAUCUGUACCCGAAGACUGACGGCCCUCGCUACUUGAUUGGAAUGUCAGCAAACACAGCGUUCGGGGUUGCAACUAUUGGGAGUGCUUGGGCUCUGAGGUGGUGGUUGCAGAGCACAAACCGGAAGAUUAGUCGUGGAUCUUUGCCUGGUGCCGGCGAGGUCCUAUAUGCAUAUUGA